AUGCAGGUCUUCUCUCCACGUUUCGUGGAGCUGUGGGAAGAAUGGGAACUCCGCGGUGCCGCCUUCCUCAGCCUCACUCUCCAAAUCCUGCUCAUUUGGAUGGGCGGUCGCCGCAAAUACGUCCACUCUGCCUGGUUGAGGGGGAUCGUUUGGCUGGCCUACCUAAUGGCCGAUCCAGUUGCGAUCUACACGCUCGGCAUAAUCACAAACAAGCUCAGGAAGGUAAGCAGCCAAGGUGUGGAUGCGAACACCCAGCUGAAUGCGUUCUGGUCGCCAUUCCUCUUGUUGCAUUUAGGAGGCCCCGACACCAUCACAGCCUAUGCCUUAGAAGACAAUCAACUCUGGUUGAGGCAAUUGUUUCACCUAGUCACCCAAGCAGGAGUAACGUUUUAUAUCUUUCUGAUGGCGGUGACCAGCCCAAAUUUAUACAUCCUCACCAUGGUGAUGAUACUGGCCGGGCUCAUCAAGUAUGGCAAAAGGGUUUAUGUGCUCUGGACCACCAGCAGUCAGCAGUUCAGGAACUCCAUUCCUGACCCGCCUCCUAAUUAUAGCAAGAUAAUGGAGCUACAAGAACUGAUGGAGGCUGAGGGCUACACCGUCACACCACUCGAAGUGAUUGAGGUCUGUGAAGUGGAGAACAAUGUGGAUGGUCAACAAGGAGAAUUGCUUGCGGCCAAAUGCUUGAUCAACAUAUUCCGACGCCUUUUCGCAGAUCUCCCUUUGAGUUUUGAUGAUAGCCGCACAAGUCAGUUGGUGCUUGCAAAUAAGGAUGCCCUCUCCACCUUCAAGAUCAUUGAGAUUGAAUUGGGAAUCGUGUACGAUUUGCUCUACACGAAGGCCACGGCAAUUUAUACUAAUUGGGGCUUCGCUCGUCGCAUAGUCGGAUUGUUUUUGACCUGUAUCGUACUGGUACUCUUCAUCCUGAUUGUGGAUCAGCAAUCCUCAAGAGCUGAUUAUAAUAUGAGCUUAAUACUGCUAGCAGUGGCCAUAUUCCUGGAGAUUUAUGCUUUGACUGAUCUUCUUUUCUCCGAUAGAACGGCUUGUUGGUUGAUUAAGAAAAAGAAUUCCGCCAUCUUGCAUCUCAUCAAUUGGUUGCAACCGAUUGUCGGAUCACAUGGCUCAAUUCAGCGUUUUGAGAUUUGCUUUUAA